AUCAUUGAGUAAACCACGCAGGAUAUUCGAAGCCCUCGCAUAUUUCUAUCAAAGGCACUGUCGGCUGCUGAUCUUCAAAUCCCGAAGCAUCCUAUCCUCGAUUUGUGAGCCGUAGGGUUGGUCUGCGCUGCGGACACACUGUCGUGAAUUUCUGAUUUGUGACUUUACGGCUGAACCUGACAACACAGCAUCGCCCAACGGCUCACCUUGUUCGCAUCACUUCCAGACAACAUGGCUGACAAUCACGACGGAGGAGAUACCAGUCUCCCCGACUUGGGAGAUGCCAUUGACAGCGUCACCUUCGGCCAGAUCCUGGAGAUGGACGACAGUGAAGAUGAUCGCGAAUUCAGCAAGUCCAUUGUGUUCGGCUUCUUUGAACAGGCCGAGGAAACCUUCGAGAAAAUGGAUGAAGCACUGAAAGGCAAAAAUCUUGAGGAGUUGUCCAGACUCGGUCACUUCUUGAAGGGGUCCUCUGCCACGCUUGGACUCACUAAAGUCAAGGACAGUUGUGAGAAGAUCCAACGCUAUGGAAAGAAGGAGAAUGAGGACGGAUCUCCAGAGACCGACGAGGCCCUUUGCCUGUCUAGAAUCAAGGACACGUUGAAGACGGUCAAGGCGGAGUACACUGAGGCUGAGACGGCCCUAAAAACUUUCUUCGGGCCGUAAGCAGCCAUGCAAGAAAGCUGAAGGACCGCUGGCACAGACGUGUUCCCCAACACUGCCCGAACGAGUCUUUGAUGGGAGUGUCGCGCACAUGAGCAGCACAGGCGGGCGGCUAGCUCAUGGCCGACUGCUUCUAUUCCCACAGACAUUGAGUUGACUUCGACAAAUA